UCACUGACAUGUGUCAUUUCUUGUCUUGUUGUGGGUUUAUUUGUUUGGGAUAUUUUUGUUAAAUUUAUGUAAAAAAUAGGCUUAUUAAUUCAUCGUAAAUAUGUCUGACGAUAGUGCUAAAAAGCCUAAACCUGGCGAAGCAGCAUUAAAAAAUAUGAAGCUGUUAAAAAAAGAGAGCAGCGUAUUUAAAGUUCCCAAAGUGCCUAAAAAGAAACCCAGUACAAAGAAAGCUAAAGUCUUGGAAGAGGAAGUGUAUGUAGAGGGUAUAGCAAAGAUUAUUCAAAGAGAUUUUUUUCCUGACUUAGAAAAAUUAAAAGCACAAAAUGAGUUUCUAGAAGCUACAGAAAACAAAGACUACUCCAGACUCCGAGAGAUCACACAAAAAUACAGCGGCAGCAGACCUCCCACUGAGCCUUAUAAUUCCCCUGCCACUUUCGACACUCCGGGCCCGGACCGGCCCUACUCCUUGUCAGCCCCCACAGUAAGAGAGCACAGAUCUGACCUGGAUGACGUUGGCGCCAUUGACAAACCUAAAGAUAUCACAGAUGACCACACUUUGGAUUCAUACUUAUCAACACACACAAGCGAAGACAACGCCAGCUACGACAAAGUGAUAGCACUGGAAGACAAGAAGCGGGCUUCCAAACUGGCGGUACAACUUAACGCGGAGGUGUCGUCGGCUGAGCUCGCUGACAAGGCGCUCGCCUUGCCCUCCAUAGAGGAGCAGGCGGACCAGACUGAGAGGCCACAUGAGCUAGACACAUGGCGAUACAAAGCUAAGAACUACAUAAUGUACGUGCCAGAUGGAGCACCGUCGCAGCCACCGCCACGCAAGCCGGACUUAUUACGUCACAACACGCGCCUUCGCGCCGAGCCCUUCGACCACGUCAAGAACAAAGAGGCCAUCACCGCCAUCGCUAGGACGCAGGACGCGACAGCCACAGGCAAGAUAGGCGUGGACGGAGUAAGCAUAUCAAGCGAGAAGGCAGGCUACGAGUACCUGGCCACGCCGUCGCCGCGGCCGGGCGACGGGCCCGACCAGUCGCCGCUCAUGACCUGGGGACACAUCGAGGGCACGCCCUUCCGCCUCGACGGCGGGGACACGCCCUUACCAGCCGUGGGCGCGGGCGCGGCCUACCGCAUGCUGGAGGGCGGCGCGCGCGAGCGCAUCGCGCUGCAGCUGUGCGAGCGCGCCGCGCGCCGCCGCCGACCCACCACGCCGCGCGCCGCCGCCGACUCCUUCACGCCACUUUUCAGAACAAACACAGAGCGCCUCGCCAGCAUGUCUCCAGCGGCGCGGAAGCUGGCCACCAAGCACCUGCUCUCCCCGCGCCUCAAGCUCACCCCCCACGACGUCGGCAUCCACGCGCGCACCCCUACUCCGCGCCGUCCGCUCGUGGCCACGCCCACGCACCACAACGCCACGCCCACUCGCGGCAGUGCCACGCCCAACAUGCCCAGCACACACGGCUCCACAGAAAACAACAUCACAGAUAACCUCCUGCAGAUCAACGUGGCUAAACGGACGAGGUUAAAAGCGCAGGACUUCUUCCAAUAGCAGAUAAUAAACGUAUUUAAAACA